AUGCCCGGUGUCCAUACAUUUUACGAUGGUUCAAUUCUCUUACAACCAGUAGCAAAUUCAUUAGGCAUUGGAAUUGAUAAAAUUAACUUGGUGGUAUGUCAGAUUGUCUCGUUGAUGCUCGCUUACUUACACUAUAGCAUCUUCAGUGCAACUAAAGUUUCACGAAUGACACGUAUUGCCUUUCCUGCUAUUUGUGGAUUAUUGUUUUGUUAUUUUUGUUACGGCAAUGCAAUGAAACAUUUGGUAUUAUUGGUUGGUCUGUCAUAUGCUAUUAUGCAUUCUUCUCCUCCGGAAAUUGUGCAUAAAUGUGUAUUUUUAUUUUCUAUGGGGUAUCUCGUUUUCAUACAUUGGUAUCGGUGGUAUAUACUAACAGCACCCGCUAUUGAUAUUACGUGUCCUUUGAUGAUUAUGGUUCAAAAAGUGACAAUGCUUGCGUUUUCAUUACAUGAUGGUAAAGUGAAAAAAAUUGAUGAGCUAAAUGAAAUACAAAAGAGAGAAGCCAUCAAAUCAGUACCUGAUAUAUUGAGCUUUCUGAGUUAUAUGUUUCAUUUUCAAGCAGUAUUAACAGGACCAGCUUGCUUUUACACCGACUAUAUGGCAUGGAUUAAUGGAACAGCGGCUAUUGGUAAGGAUGGGAAGAUUGAGAAGCCAUGGCAUGUAGUAUUAAUCAAAUUAUUGCAAGCAGGGGUGUUUAUGUUAUUAUAUGUUUUUCUUGGUGAUCGUUUUACUCCUGACAUUAUCAUUGAUAAGAAAUAUAUGAAUCUGAAUUGGAUUCAGUGGAUAUUUGUAUUGUACAUUGUAAUGGCAUUUCAACGUGUGCCAUAUUAUGUUGCGUGGACUUUAGCUGAUGCAAUAUUUAAUUUAAGUGGAUUCGGGUUUAAAGGUUAUGAUUCAGACGGGAAACCUCAAUGGGAUUUAGUUUCCAACGUCAAGCCAUGGAAAGUGGAGACAGCGUUAAAUUUCAAAGAAACAUUAGAGGCAUGGAAUUGUUGUACGAUGUACUGGCUGCGACGUGUUGCAUAUGAUCGUGUUCCAAAAGGGUAUCGAACUUUAUCGACGUAUUUAUUAUCAGCAGUUUGGCAUGGCUUCUUUUUGGGUUACUAUGUCACUUUCUUGACUGGAGCUCUGUUCACUGUUUCUGCACGAACGAUACGUCGUUGUUUACGUUGGCGUUUCCAAAGAAAUGAAUUUCUGCGACGUUUAUAUGACUUGCUUACGUUUGCUAUCACAAAGAUCACUUUAUCUUAUACAACAUAUCCAUUUGUCAUGUUGCAUCUUGGACCCGGUCUAUACUUUUACAGGCAGAUGUAUUUUUUUCUGCACUUCACUGCACUUUUUGCUCUAUUUAUCUUGCCUCGAAUAUUACCUCCAGAAUUGAAAUCAAUUCAAACUGAAAAUGUUGACGAUAUGAAGAAAUCAUCGUGA